AUGCCUAAGUCUUCAAGUUCAGCUAUAGUACUAGGGUGCACCGUGGCAGUCGUUUCGUCUGCAAUUCAAUCACUAGGAAUAACGUUACAGAGAAAGUCUCAUUUACUUCACUUGAGGAUUCCAGAAAAAUAUGGCCAAUCCCAGAACACGCAGCAGCAACAGCAGCAGCAGCAACAGCAACAGCAACAACUACAACUACAACUACAGCAGCAGCAGCAGCAGCGUCUCCAAAGAUACAGGCGAAGCAUGUGGUACUUUGGAUUUGCACUAUUUAUCGUUGCCAAUGUGCUUGGAUCAGUAAUUCAGAUAUCUACAUUGCCGCUCAUCAUUUUAUCGCCGCUUCAGAGUAUCGGGCUAAUCUUCAAUUCCAUCUUCAGCUGUUUACUACUCCCUGGAGAUAACUUUACAAAACAGUUGUGGCUUGGAACUGCAAUCAUUGCCGUUGGAGCUUUUACAAUUGCCAACAAUGGAGCAGUUGAGCCAUUUCCAGAUACGCCUAUAAAAGUCCCCAUAGAUGAAAGGUUCAACGAUAUCAUCCACAAAUUCUUGGACGCUUCUUUUUUUGUUUGGUUUAUAACAACCUUCUUGGUAAUGGGUAUUUUGCUAGCAGUCAACUAUUUUUAUUUGAACAAGAAAAUUGAACAAUCGCAUCAGCGUCUUCGAAAUUACGCGAUAAGAAAUGGCAAUAACGAAAUACUUUUUGUCAAAUUUAACAAGUAUCAAUUUUGGAAAGGCAUCAACUAUGGAAUCAUUAGUGGAACUUUGACUGCACAUACUUUUUUAUUCGCAAAGUCCCUCAUCGAUGUGAUUGUCGAAACUAUUAUGGAUAAAGGUACUAAAGAACUUGCCAACCUCACCAACCUUACACCAUAUUUGCUUCUCGUGGUGAUGCUAGCGAUUGUGGGGUUGCAGUUGACCGCUUUCAAUUUAGGUCUUGCUCAAAUUACUACAGCUGUGCUAUAUCCUUUGUGUUUUUUGGUUUACAAUUUGGUAAACUUGAUCAAUGAUUUGAAUUUCAGUAAGCUACUCAUUGAUCAUAGGAUGUCCUAUGGUCAGUUCACAUGGAUCCUAGUGGGACUAUUUGGCGUUUUAUGUGGUGUUCUCAUAUUGAGUUGGGAUAGUGCGUUUCAAGGGAGGGACGUGGAUAGCGCAAGAGACGAUGGAUGUGGACAUGAAGCUCAAACUGAAGACAAUCUUUUUGGUCAAUUUUUUGAUGAAAACAACAACAUCUUGACUUUAAAAGACUACUCUUGUUUGAAUAAAAAAAUGUGCUCGUCGGAGUCGAGAGCACUCACGGGAUCGCUUGAUAACUCGUUUGAUUCAACAAAUUACCAAAGUAUAAGCAACUCGGGAGAUUCUGCUAGUAUUCGGUCACUUGUUGGCACGAGCAAUGAUCACACCUGUGAAGAAAAUGGGUCUACAGAAUCAACAAUAGACAUGCAAAAUAACGCUGACAAUCAUUUGAAUCGUCGACGACUGCUUACAUACGAACAAUAUCAGUUAUUAAGUCAACUCAGACAAGGCGCCCCUGACUUGUAA